AUGCUCCUAGACAGCCGAACAAGUUCGAUGGCAACAACUGACUCUGCCCUGAGCACCGCCGCUGCCUGCUCUUCCCCAGCCCAUCCCUUGUGUUUCUGUCAUUCCUUCCGGGUAGCAGCACGGCACACACACAAGAACAUCACCGGGAUGGCUUUUCAGCAUCAUCGAUGGGCUUGGGCCAGAGCAAACCGUACGCCCGAGCUAGAGCCGGUAGUUUGGACAGUGAGGCUGUGCAGGGUGCACUCAGUGCAGGCUCUGCAGGUGGAGGUGCAAUGUCGGGUGGAUUUCACCAGCCGCUUGUGGCUUGGGAACGAAGACCUUGAGGUCUGCCCGCAGGGACAGCAGAAGCGCAACGCCGAUGCUGACCCGCCAUCCCCUCGCCAGCGCAAGGGAAUCACCGCAAAGGAGAAGCUCCACUGGUUGAAGAUGCAGGACUCGCAGCCCGACCUGUCGAAUCGCGCCCUGGCGAAGCUCGCGAAGGUGCAGCCAUGCCAGAUUUGCGAUUGGAAGAAGAUGAGGGAGCGGCUGGAGGUCUCUUCCAGCUGCCGUCGUCGCCUCAUGGGAGCUGGCCACAAGUCCAAGUUCCCUUUCAUGGAAAGGGCGCCUCUGGAUGUGUCAAUCAACCGCGCGUUCAAGUGCGGUGUGCGUCAUCGCUACAGUGGCUGGUUCGAAGAAGAGGGCAUCAACACCACCACCAAGUCCGUCCUUGAUGACGUCAACGACCUGGUUGACGACGAGCUCGUCGUCAACCCCUUCUACGUCGAAGUCCCCAUGCCGGCCGAGGAGCUGCAGGCGGCGGCAGAGGAGGCUGACGCCGCUGAGGAGGAUGCGGAAGCGGCGGCGGCAGAGGAGGAGGGGGGCGUGCUUGAGGAAGGCGGGGAGGCAGAAGAGCCCAGCGAUGACGAAUGGUGGCGCCCUGGCCGCUUUGACGGGGAAGACUGUAAAGAAUGGCAUGCAGGAGACGAUUCUGAGUAG